AUGAGAAACGUGAGUUUUCUUCAGUUUUGUGGUUUGAUGGUUACUUUAAUCACAGGAGUUUCUACCUGUGAUUUAGCAGCCGAAGAAGAGCCAUAUGAGAUUAGAUAUACAGCACCUUUACUUCCUGAAGGUGUACAAAAGGUGUUUUGGUUUAAAGAGGACCUCCUGUUAGCAGAAUGUUCCAUCGGUUCUAAACUCUGUGUCGUCAUUGACCUACGACUGCGAGAAGCUAAAAUAGAGAGAACGGAAAACGGCGUAGAGUUCAGUGCAGAGCUUGCUAACGUCUCAAGGCAGCAUUCAAAUAACGCUGAGGGGAAUUGGAUUUUGAAAAAUGACUUGAUCAGUCAUGGUUCACAAAUAAUGUAUUCCUGUUUGUUAGAAGUCUAUUCUAAACCAGACCAGGUAUAUUGUGAUGCGAAAUGGACGACAGAUGAACUUACAAUUAGAUGUAAAACAAAUAGGAUUUAUCCUGAAGCAAUGAUGAAGGUUGACAUAAAAAAUAAAACAUCUUCGAUUAUUUCCUGUGAAAACACCAGGAUCUCUACAGAGCCUUAUUAUUACAGAACUGAAUGUACUUAUAGAAUUCCAACACACGAUUUGCAUUUUAAGAAAAAUGAAAUAGACAUCUACUUAUAUCCAAAUAUUAUUGGAUUUAACAACAGUAUUGGAGUCAAUGUUUCAAUAGAUAUUACAAUUGAAAAUCCUACGGUACAUGGAAACAUUUGUGUUGAUAAGGGUCAAUAUGUGGCAUGUCGCUGCAUUAAGUUACAUGGGAGACAAGAUGUGAAGUCUGUAGAAUGGCUUCAGCACAACACAACAUUUGCUAACAAGGGAUUUCAAGCAAGUUUUAUUAAAGAGCAGCCAGAAAAUGAUGAUAUAGGUUAGUAUUACAAUUCAUAUUAGUCGUAAAGCUGUAUUACAAACUGUGCUGAUAGUCUUCAGAUAAUGUGGUAUAAAAUCUUUCAAAACUUUUGACGCUCAAGUAUUAUGAUUUUUUUAUACUUACAGGUUACAAUAUAAUCGCUUGCAAACUUCACUGGGAAAAUGAUGCCGGCCGUACGUAUAAAGAUAAUAAAUUUAAAAUGAUAUUCAUUUCUAAGUUACUUCUAAAAAGGUUUUCGAAUUUUAGAAGUCUAUAACUCUUUAACAAUAUUUAACAUAAUAACCGAAUAAAAUUAUAUAUAUA